AUGGUUCUGAGGUGUGACCCGCUGUGGAAAUGGACAAACGUCUAUAUGGACUUACAACAAAGGAGAUCACACGUUUUCCAAAUCACAAACUCCCUGGACAGCAACAAAACCAGGCUUUUGGAAGUGCAGACUCAGGCUCUGUCUUUUCUACAGGACUGUGGUCUUCCCGUCCAGGUGGCUCUGCGCAACACAGCUGAAGAGCGGCUGAGUUUUGAAGAACUAGAUUGUGGUCAUGGACAUCAGACGUACUGUGUGAGGCUGCUGGACUAUAUGCCCGGUGUCACCGUAUCAGAAAGUGCAGUCACACAAGAAGAUCUGUAUGAUGUGGGACGAAUGGGAGCCGCAUUGUCAAGAGCGAUGCUAAAGAUUGAACAUCCAAACCUUGAUGUGCUGAAUCUUUCCGCUAACAAAGCGUGGGACAUUGGCCAUAUACAUUUAGUAGAGCAGUAUCUGUCGGUGAUGGAUGGAGAUCCGGUGCAAGACAUUAUCAAAGAAGUGAUUCAAGGAAUAAAGUCACAAGUGCUUCCAAAGCUCGGUUCAUUUCCAACCGGAAUCACCCAUGGCGACUUCAGUGACCAAAACAUUCUGGUUUCUCCUGUUGGAAAUGGCCAUCAUAAAGUGUCUGGCAUCAUUGACUUCACAUUUCUCUGUAGAAAAUGUUUUGUGAAUGAAGUGGCAGUGUCUAUAGCAUAUUUGAUGGUGGAGAAUCCUUCCCCUUUGAAUGUGGGUGGGGCGGUGCUGGCGGGAUGGGAGAGCCUCAUACCGCUCAGUGACGACGAGAGAGACUGCCUCUUUCUGCUGGUGCUCGGUCGACUCUGCCAGAGUUUAGUUUAUGGGCGGCACAAUUCUCUCCAAUCUUCAGAAAACAAAGACUACUUCUUGACAAAAAGUCUGUGGCAGCAAGCAGUGAAAGAGCUGGGCCUGGAGGGGAAAGUGACCCACAAGCAGGUCAGUAAGAAGUGGGAGAACCUGAAGAAGCGCUACAAGGACCUAAGGGACCCAAAGACUGGCUCAGGCACAGAUAGCGGGGAGAAGACCGCUUCAAACUGGCCGUAUUACGCUGUGCUUCACGCAGUCUUGGGGGGAAGGCCUGCUGUGGAUCCCCCUGUUGUUGUGGCGUCUUUCAGGCCAGCUGAAGACCCUACAGCUUUGCUAAUGGCCAUUGUCAAUCCUGACGAGACCCCCAGUGAGGAUACUCAGUUGGGCUCUGCCUCCUCUGCACCAUCGACCCGAAAAAGGAAGAGGACAGAUAGCCAGAGGAUUUUGGACUUUCUCCAAGCAGAGUCGGACAAGGAACAGAGAAGACACGAGGAGUCAGAGGAGAAGACUUUGCGCUUUUUAAGUCUCUUCGAGAGGAUGGUGGAAAAGCUGUAG